UGGUGGGUGACAACGACGACCAGCGACGACGCCGACGAUACAAAAACAAGGACAUGAAAAGGCUCUUUCAAAAGUAUUAAAAAUAUGACUGACAGGAAGAAAGAAUGAAAUAUAUGAUUAAAAAUAAUGUGCUAAAAGAAUUUGAACGACAAAUUGGAGGUAUUUGAUCUUUGAAAAAGAAAUAAAAAAACUCGGAAAGGGUACUUGUCGGUUUAUCAAACGGCGGAGAGAUGUUUAUAGUCACGAAGGAGAUCGAUAGUGAGAACAUAAGCAAAUUAUGCCGCACGUGCUUACGAGAAGACGGCGACAAAAUGAUAUGCUUGUUCGUAGGACCAGCUGGUUCCUCACUCGCCGCUAAAUUACGAUCGCUCUCUUGUUUAGAAGUCUGGCAGGGAGACGGCUUGCCCGAAAAGAUGUGCGAUCGUUGCGUCACCAGAGCGGAAUCAGCCCUUUUAUAUCGAGAGCAAUGUCGCGCUGCAGACAGGGCUUUGAGACAAGCGGCGUUGAAGGUAUCUCGAUUGACGUCAUGCACUACCGUUUCCGGUUGCAAACUCUAUCAAAAUCAGCAGAGUCAAGGAUUCGUGCCGGUACAAAAUUCUCAUAAGACGCUAAAAUGCGUGGAAUGUGGCGCAGUGUUUAUGAAUUACCAGGAGUUUUGCGCCCACAAUCGACUGCAUUUGCCUUUCAUUCAGGACAACAUACCUAUGCAGCAUAUGCAUAUUGUGGAGUCUCAGAAUCCAUAUCUUAAUUUCACUCACGUCAGUUCAAACUUUACAAACGAUAAUAUUCCAAAUGCGCAAUUAUCUCCAUUAGCUAGGCCAAAUAUGAUGCACACCGUAUUGCCAAAUGAAGAGAGUUCGAGUCGAGCUGCUUGUGCCUUGCAUUGUACUCUGUGCAAUCACACUUUUACCAACAGGAGACAAUUAAUAAGUCACAAUAUAACGCACAGCACAGAGAGCGUCGACAUAUCGUGUGACAAUGAAAACAUAGAGAUUUGUGAAAACUCCAAUCAUAUACCACAAAACUUGAGCUAUGAAAGAUCGAUUCAUUCUGUCGAUAAUCCCAUUCAGAACUUGUCGUACCAGAGAUCCACUGUGGACGACGGGAUGCAGAAUAUAAACUUCCCGGAGAACAUCGAUCUCGAAGGCGUUCAGGAAAGCAGUUCGGAACGCAUGCCAAACGUAACGAUGCAUUCCGAGAAUGAUGUGUCGAUUACCGAAAACUUGAGAUUUAUGAAAUCGCCUGGGAAGGACAGACAGCUCGCGAUUGAAUAUCACGGAUGUGCGAGCGAUGAUAAUUACAAGCAGCCUCUUGACAUAAAAACCACAGAAGACAUUCACGCCAAGAAGCAUCAGUGUGAGGUAUGCUCAAAACAAUUUUCACAAAAAUCCAAGUUAUUUGCUCAUCGGUUGUCUCACUCUGGCCAGCAACCGUUUAAAUGUCCGAGUUGCGGCAAGAGUUAUGCAUCGAAGAGCAAACUCAGUGCACAUAUGAGAUUGCACACCAAAACUAACGUACAUCAAUGUAAAGUAUGUGAUAAAAUAUUUCCAUAUCCGUCAUAUUUGGAGGAGCAUAUAAAAGUCCAUAAUAAAAGUGAUAAUACUCCACAAAAUAAGGACUACGAAUGCGCUACUUGUAACAAACGUUUUCGUCUUUUAAAGAAUUUGAAAGCUCAUGAAAGACUUCAUACGGGAAGAGGUUUAGUGCAAUGCGAGAUUUGUGAUAAAAAGUUUAGUCAUAAUUAUAAUCUAAAAAUGCACUUGCGAACACACAAGACAUCGAGGGUGCAUAAGUGCGAGUAUUGCGACAAGCGCUUCGUGCAGAAGGGCAAUCUGGUCGAGCAUUUACGAAUACACACUAAGGUGAAACCUUUCGCAUGUAAGCUAUGUAGCAAGAGAUUCGCGCAAUCGAGCCACCUUAAAAGUCACGAGGCUUCGCACGGUACGUUGAGGCAGCAUCAAUGUCGAUUAUGCGGAAAGAAAUUCAAGCUGGCCAAUCAUUUGAAACGGCAUUUAAAUUUACAUACCGGUUCAAAGACUUAUAAGUGCAAUCAGUGUAACCAAAUGUUUUCGCAGUCUUUUAGUCUAACGAGACAUUUAAAGAAGCACAACGAAUCGCAUAUAUAAUUUAUAUCUGAUAGAUUUGAAUUUGUACAUAUCAAUAUAUAAACAUAUGAAUGAUAGUUUGAGAGA